AUCCGCUACCACUACAGAACAGUACUAAUAAUACACAAACUAAACUAUCAUACUAACUCAUAAGCAUAAACACUAAUACCAAGAAUAAACUUCUAUUUAUGCAUGCACUACAUCAAAAACCUUACCACAUUAUAUACUCCAUAGUCCAUACAUUGAGAAGUGUCGAGUGACUACCAACUUGAGUUACACAAACAAUGGAUUUAGGUAGUACAUAUCAUUUUCCCGCUGUCCGACGAUCGUCAGACAGCUAUGAGGUGCCGGAAGGAGUGGAUGUAAGGGGAAGGUAUGACGAGGAGUACGCCAAGAUACUCACCAAAGAUGCCUUGCAAUUUGUGGCUGAGUUACAAAGGGAGUUUAGGAAUCACAUCAAGUAUGCUAUGCAGUGUAGGAAGGAGGCUAAGGCUAAGUAUAAUAGUGGGGCAUUGCCGUGGUUUGAUCCUACCACCAGGAAAAUUAGGGAAGGGAAUUGGGUAUGCUCUGCUCCACCACCGGCUGUUGCUGAUCGGAGGGUCGAGAUUACUGGUCCUGUUGAGAGGAAGAUGAUCAUCAAUGCUCUUAAUUCUGGUGCUAAAGUUUUCAUGGCUGAUUUUGAAGAUGCACUAUCACCAAGCUGGGAGAACUUGAUAAAAGGACAAGUGAACUUAAGAGAAGCAGUAAAUGGAACAAUUAGUUUUCAUGACAAGACUAGGAAUAAGAUUUACAAAUUAAAUGAUCAAACUGCCAAGCUCUUUGUCCGCCCACGCGGUUGGCACCUGCCUGAAGCCCAUAUUCUUAUCGACGGUGAGCCAGCUACCGGCUGCCUCGUCGACUUUGGCCUCUACUUCCACCACAACUUUGCCAAGUUCCGCCAGACACACGGUGAUGGCUUUGGCCCAUUCUUCUACCUCCCUAAAAUGGAACACUACAGGGAAGCAAAGAUAUGGAAGAAUGUGUUUGAAAAGGCAGAGAAAAUGGCAGGAAUAGAAAGAGGAAGUAUAAGGGCUACGGUUCUUAUAGAGACGCUUCCUGCAGUAUUCCAAAUGAAUGAGAUAUUAUAUGAGCUUAGAGACCACUCUAUUGGGCUCAACUGUGGGAGGUGGGAUUACAUCUUCAGCUAUAUCAAGACUUUCCAAUCCCACCCUGACCGCCUUUUGCCUGAUCGUGUUCAGGUUGGGAUGACCCAACACUUCAUGAGAAGUUAUUCUGAUCUUCUCAUCUACACUUGCCAUAGGCGUGGUGUCCAUGCUAUGGGAGGCAUGGCAGCUCAGAUUCCUAUAAGGGACGAUGCAGAAGCAAACAAGGCGGCCUUAGAGUUGGUCAAGCUGGACAAGCUAAGAGAAGUGAAUGCAGGGCAUGAUGGAACUUGGGCUGCUCAUCCUGGCCUAAUUCCACCCAUCUUAGAAGUCUUCAACGCUAACAUGGGUGACGCUCCAAACCAAAUCCGUUCCAUAACCCGGCCUGAAGCCUCCACCAUCUCCGAGGAUGACCUCCUGCAGCUUCCCCGGGGGGUUCGCACCAUGGAAGGGCUCCGGCUCAACACUCGGGUUGGAAUCCAGUACCUAGCAGCCUGGCUUACAGGGUCAGGUGCAGUCCCCCUAUACAACUUGAUGGAGGAUGCUGCUACUGCAGAAAUCAGCAGGACCCAGAACUGGCAAUGGCUCAAGUACCAGGCCGAGUUGGAUGGGGACGGCUUUGGUAUUAGGGUCAACCCGGAACUAUUUGCCCGUGUCGUGGAGGAAGAAAUGGAGAGAAUUCAGAAAGAAGUUGGGAAUGAGAGGUUUAAGAAAGGAAUGUACAAGGAAGCCUGCAAGAUAUUUACCAACCAGUGUACUGCCACUGAGUUGGAUGAUUUUCUCACUCUUGAUGCUUAUAAUCACAUUGUCAUCCAUCAUCCAAAGGGGUUACCGAGGCUUUGAGUGAUUUAAUCUACUCAUUGCAUCUAUUUGAUGCUUUGGUCAUUAAUUUCUAUGUUUAUGUGUUCUGGUGAUUAAUUGUGUACUUGGUUUAUGUUCCUCAAAACCUUAUGCAUACGGCUGCUUAAUGCUUAUAUGAAUAAAGUCUUCCAUCUUUGCUUUGAUGCAAACUUUCGUAA